UUCAUACCGUGAUGUCACGCUUUAAAGGGCGCAUGCAUUGAUCAGCUGUUCCGUAGAGCCGUGUUGCUGGAAAUUCACAUGCGUGGUGACCGCUUUUGUUGUUUAUGUUUAAAAAAACACCCUACAAAUAAUCAUUGCAUUUUAAACAGCCGGCACUAAAGCUUCUACGACGGUUCAAGAAGUAUCGCGCUUGAAUCUCGCGGACACGAAGACGGAGUUGAGCACGCUAACCACUGCGCCACCCAUCGGAUUGCGACCGCCCGCUGCCCACGCGCCCGUCCCGGCGGCUGCAGCUUGUCCCGCGCAGACGCGGCGAUGCUGCGGGACGAGCCGGGAGACUCUGCCGCAGUGUCCGAGGAUGGGGAGAUGGAGUCCCCCAGCGCAGGAUCGGGCAGCGGAAGCCCCCCAGAGAGCCCUCCCGGCCUGGUGUCCCCCGAUGUGCACACGGCCACCCGGAGCCUGGAGAAGAUGAUCCUGGCGCACGAGAUCGCGCUCGACCCCGACUUCAGCCUCCAGCGCCACGCGCCUGCCGACGGGAGCCUUGAGAAAGCAGUGACGGAAGCGAUGCACAAGGCAUUCUGGGACAUCCUGGAGACGGAGCUGUCGAGGGAUCCCCCAGAAUUCAGCGGGGCGCUGCGUCUCAUGGGGGAAAUCCAGGAGACGCUGCUGUCCCUGCUGCCGAGCCCGACCCGGCGCUCGCCGCUGCCAGAGUCGCUCGACGCCGGACUGCUGACGCAGCAGGCGAAGGCGGGGACGCUGGACGUGGUGGAGGUGGGCGACUCCGUGGUGCGCACGAUGGCGCGGCUGUGCGCGCCCGUGCGCGACGCCGACGUGCGAGCGCUGGCGCGACUGGCGGAGGACGCCGCCGGUGAUAAAGGCCGCAAAGAUGUCAAGACGGCGGUGUCACUCUAUCGCGAGAUCUUCCGAGUGCUGGACCUCAUGAAGCAGGACUACGCCAACUUCUCCAUCCGCUGCGUGCGCCCGUGGCUGCAGGCCGACGCGGGCCGCUACGAGCAGUCGCAGUUCGACCGCUUCCUGCGCGACGAGCCCAACGCGCUGGAGCUGACGCGGCGCUGGCUGGCGGCAGCCGUGAGCCACACGCCGUCGCGCGCCAGCGUCUUCACACCCGAUGCCACUGCCCGCACCCCAGGGGUCGUGACCCCCGUGCUAGAUCCCUCGGUCGUGCUGAGCCAGGCCUUCCUCGACCUGCUCGCCUGGGAGCCAGGCGAGCCCUACCCAGAGACGGUGGCGGCGGACCGCGGGCGCCUGGAGGAGGCGGCCGGGCACGUGCGGCGCCUGCGGGUGCAGGCGAGCGUGCUGCUGGUGGUGCGCGGCGGUGGCUGGGCGCGCGAGCUGCUGCGCGGGCAGCACGCGUUCCUCGCUCACGCCAAGCACGUCGUGGACGCGCUCACGCAGGGAGCCUGCCACCCCCCGGCCAUGCUAGCCGAGGCGCUGGGCGCAGUGUCGGAGCAGCUCGACGUCGAUCUGUGCCGCCUGGCCGAGCAGCGAGGCCUCCACGAGACCCCCGCGGCGGCGCGCGCCGCCCUGUGUGGCCAGAUCCGGGACCUGUGCAAGCCCGGCAACCCGGUCGCGUCGCUCGUGGCGAGCCGCGUGAACGACUACCUAAAAGGGGUUGUGGAAGGACGGUCGUCCAUUCCGAUGCCAGGAGGACUUGCGCCGGUGGGACCGGAACUGGAAAACGUGGCUAUGAAGUAUGCCCGCCUGGUGAUGCACAACCGCAACGUCUUUGGAACCCACUACUUGCGCAUCCUCUGUGGGCUCAUCGUGUCACCAGCGCAGGCAGGCCUGCCAGGCAAGGCCUAGGCUUCCCCCGUCAGUCUCCACGACAAACUCCGCCUUCUCCCUUGCCCCCUCAAAGUUGAAGACUUAAUCAGGACAAGGCGGUUGACUUGCCUGUUGUCUGAUUGGUCAAUAGGGCGCCAUACAAAUUGUUGACCUGGGUCAUGUGACCGGCGGUGCUGAUGGAAAGGGACGGCUCGAGAAAAAGGGAAAUAUGGGAGAAUGUAGGGGGCUUUUCACACCGCCGUAUCGUUGAUAUUAUUCUAUAGUUUUCGAUUUGGAAACCUUGGUAUAUAUAUUAAACUUUGAAUUACAAUUUGAAAAAGAAAAAAAUAUAUAUAGAUACAAAAACUAUGCAUUUACGUUGUGAAAAUCUUUAUUAAGCAAAAGAAGUGCAUUUUUUUUUACUAAAAUGUUUUUUUUUAACUUUGAACAAAAAGGUAAAAAAAAUGGUGCAAAAAUGAUGAAAGACAGUUCACUGCCUGUAGUUACUGAAGAUUUUUUAUGCUUUCAAGCCACCAUGGUAAAGUGGUGGGGGGGGGCAUUUUUGUGGUGCAAAGACUUAAGUCAUCCAAUCCUGUCUCAUCAGAGCCAGUGGUGGAAAUUCCACAUUCAAUAUGGAAUGUACAAUCUAUACUAUUAUUUUGGCAUGAUGAUGGUUAUCAUCAGGCGCUUUUACAUAAAAGUCUGUCCCGCUUCCCCUCACCCCAUAAUAUUUAAAACAAAUUGGGGUUUAUCUGCGGUUUAAAAUAUAAUCUGGCUCCAUGGUAAACUCCUUAUACAGGGACUGCUCUGCUUACGAACAUUCGACUUACGAACUUUCAGAGGUACAAACAUGUCCUUAUGUCCAGUUGCCUGUUCGGACCGAGAGUCGAAAGUUCAACCACCGCGCAAUAGAUGGCGGUGGCGACAUCUACAUCUGCAGAACGUGAAGAACCAGUGGCAUCUACAUCUGCAGGAGAUUAUACAAUUUUUAAAGCCAUUCCCCGUGUUUAGUGUACACACCGUACAACGUGUAUGUAAUCGACGGGCGUAAAGUUGGACUUGCGAACACAUCGACUUACGAGCAGAAUUCUGGAACCUAACUCGUUCGUAAGUAAGAGGAGUCCCUGUCUAGACAAAGGGUGGCACUAGCUCGCUCUGUAAGUUGCGACCUGUGUAGUGGGCAGGGCCUGCGAUGAGCAGCAGUAGGCGGAGCCGAUAUCCGGAAGUGGGCGUGGCUCUGCAAAAGUGGGCGGGGGGCUCUGUAAAAGUGGGCGUAGCCCUGUAGAAGCGGACGGGAGCUUUGCAGAAAGUGGGCGUGGUCCUGUAAACGUGGGCGUGGUCCACAAAAAAGUGGGCGGGUCCCUGUAAGUGGGCGGGGCCUAUAAACGUGGGUUUGCCAUCUUGCAGGUUUGAACACAGUGUGUGAUGAUUUUUUUUUUGCCAGAUGAAUUUGUUCGAGCGAGAAUAGAGGUUGAAAUGUUAAGCUUCCGAAUGGCAGUCAGAGUAUUCUGACCACGGAGCAUCCAGGCCGAUAUAAAAAAAUAUAGAUAUACCCCCCCCUUACCCCACGUUGCCCCAGAUAUAUAAAGGUGCUUUGAUCGUGGUUCUUACAGUGAUAGUAUUCACAUUUAACGUAGAGUAUAUAGUACGUGUGUUGAGUUUUGGUAAAAACGUUUUGAGAGCAAACCGUCCAAAGUAAUGGCUCUCAUUAAAUUUCGCACGCACCAGAAUGUUAUAAUUUUAGUAUAUUGUUAUGCAAACCUGUCAACCCCUUAUCAGUGACUACCUUAUUGCAGACCAAUUCAGACUUUAAUGGUCAGCCCGUGCUCUUAUAAAUCUCAACGUUCAUCCUACAAAGUCCCAUCACAAGGGAGAAACACAA